AUGGUGUACAGAGCAGUAGUUGAGGCCAGGGAAAAGAUCAUGGGCAAUGAGAGGGACCAAUACAAACGGAGCAGAGACUAUUGUGAGCAGAUUCUGUUAAGCAAUCCAAGUUCGACGGCCAGGUUGGAGCUUAUGCCAAUUCCAGAAUCACCUCCCAUAUUUGAUAAGUUAUACAUCUGCUUGGAUGCCUGUAAGAAAGGGUUCAAGGAUGGGUGCAGACCUUUGUUGCACCUUGAUGGUUGUUUCUUGAAGACCUACUACAUGGGCUGGCUUCUAGCAGCAGUUGCCCAAGAUGCCAACAAUCAGUUCUACGUUGUUGCAUAUGGAGUUGUUAGGGGUGAGACCAAAGAUGCUUGGAAAUGGUUCCUGACUAAUCUCCAGGAAGACAUUGGUGACAGUGCCAGCCAUGGAUGGACCUUCAUAUCAGACCAACAAAAAGGUUUACUGCCUGCGCUAAAGGAGGUUAUGCCACAUGCAAAACUCCGCAAUUGUGUGAUGCACAUGUGGAAGAAUUUCAUCAAUCGCUUCAAAGACUUGUACAUUAGGAAGGUUGUGUGGGAGUGUGCUAGAUGCACAACCAUUGCAGAAUUCAAGGAAUGUAUGGAUAAGCUGAAGCAAGUUAACCAUGGGGCUUGGGAAUAUCUCAGCAGGUUUCCACCAGAAAGUUGGGUUAAGACAUAUUUCUCUCAUGCACCAAAGAUUGAUAACCUCACAAAUAAUAUGUGUGAGGUUUUCAAUGCAAAAAUAGUUACUUAUCGUACGAAGCCCAUACUCACCAUGUGUGAAGAAAUCAGAUGUUAUCUGAUGAGGAGGAUGGUGAAUCACAAACGGGUCCUUGAUAACCACACUGAAAAGCUAGCACCAGUACAGCAGAAGAGGAUGGAGAGGUUACUCAGUCUCAGUACUAAGUGGAUGGCCGAAUGGGUUGGUGACAACGAGAGGAAAAGGUUUGAGGUGAGCCGGAAGGCAAGCAAGGUUGAUGUGGAUCUAAUUAAAUACACUUGCUCGUGCAACAAAUGGCAACUUACUAGCAUGCCUUGCAUACAUGCACUUGCUGCCAUUAGGAAGAGACGGGACCAGCCACAAGACUACGUGCACCCUUGGCUGUGUAUGGAGUCAAUCAGGAGGAUUUAUGCACACUGCAUUCAACCAGUGCCAAGUUCAGAGUUCUGGGCCAGAACUGAAUUCACACAGCCAGACCCACCAAUCAUCAAAAGAGGGAUUGGGCGUCCAAAGGUGCAUAAUCGGCAGAAAGACCCUGCAGAGCCAAUGAUGCAAGGGGGUAAGUUGAAGAAGUCGUUCUCUGUGUCUUGCAACAAGUGUGGUGAGAAGGGCCAUAAUUACAAAACUUGCAAAGGAGCACCAUCGAACCCGAAUUGGAAACCGAAGACCAAAAAGCCUAAGAAGAAGAAAGAAAGCACCUCCCAAGCACUUGAACCUUCACACAGCCAACCACCCAGCUCAACACCACAGCAGCAACAACCUACUGUUCCGAGCGGAGCUGGUCCAACUGCGACGAAUGUUGCCCCUGCUCCAACAAGAGUUACAAGAUCAACAAUUGUAUUAGGACCACCUGCCCCAACGGGUUCUAGUAAGAUUUUCAGGCCACCUGCUCCACUUGCUCAAGGGCCACCACCUUCUAGCACACAGCACCAAGAAGCAGUUCACCAAGCCCCAUCUAGCACGCAGGCAGCUACACAGCCUCAGCAGGCCCCACCGCCACAAGCAGAUAAACCAACUGUCUCAGCGUCGAAGGAGUCCAACAAAUGA